ACUAUUGUUGUUAUUAUUAUUAUUUUACAUUUAUUAUCAAACAAUAUGAUUGACGCUGCCGGUGCUGGUCGUAGUGGUAGUGAUAGUGCCAGUAGUGGUGGUCGUCGUGAUUACGGUUCGUUUGGCAGUAAAGGUGCCGCCGCUGCUCGUAGUGGAGGUACUGGUGGUAAGGUUGCCGGUAGUGUAGCUUUUUCUGGUAGCGGUAAAUGUAUUGAAGUUAACAAACCGUGUAAUCCAUCGUAUAUUAAACAAUGUUGUGGUGACCUAACCUGUAAAGAGAUUACCAGAACUACUGGUCAAUGUUUGAACUAAAAAAAAAAUCAAA